UGAAAGUAAGCUUUAAGAAAUUUUGUCAAAGGCAGUAGAGACAAGGAACUGCGACUGACUGACUUCCUGUUUUACUGGUCUGUCUUCACUUAAGAGAAAAAAUGUCUUUACAAUCUGAGAAGGAUCUCUUCUGUCCUGUCUGCCAGGACGUCUUCAGACAUCCUGUUCUGCUCUCGUGUUCUCACAGCUUCUGCAAAGCCUGUCUGCAUAGCUGGUGGAGAGAAAAACAAAUACAGAAAUGUCCAAUUUGUACGAAAAUAUCUCCAGAGAGUGAUCCACCUUGUAACUUGGCUUUAAAGAACCUGUGUGAGGCCUUCUUACAGAAGAGGGAUCAGAGAGCUUCAGCAGGAACUGAACUCUGCAAUCUGCACUUUGAGAAACUGAAACUCUUCUGUCUGGACGAUCAGCAGCCAGUGUGUCUCAUCUGUCUGCAUUCGAAAACGCACAACAACCACGAGAUCAGACCCAUGGAUGAAGCUGCACAGGAUCACAGAGAGGAGCUCCAGAAAUCUCUGGAGCCUUUACAAGAGAAGCUAAAGCUGUUUGAAGAAUUUAAAAGAAACUGUGAUCAAACAGCAGAACACAUUAAAGCCCAGGUCCAGCUCACAGAGAGGGAGAUUAAGGAGCAGUUUAAGAAGCUUCACCAGUUUCUCCAAGAGGAAGAGAAGGCCAGGAUCACUGCUCUGAGGGAGGAAGAGGAGCAGAAGAGUCAGAUGAUGAAGGACAAGAUUGAGGCUCUGAGCAGAGAGAUAGCAGCUCUGUCAAACACAAUCAGAGCCACACAAAAGGAUCUGAGAGCUGAAGACGUCUCAUUCCUGCAGAACUACAAGGCUGCAGUCAAAGGAGUCCAGCAGCGUCCCCUGCCGAAUGAUCCAGAGCUGGUCUCAGGAGCUCUGAUAGAUGUGACCAAACAUCUGGGCAACCUGACCUUCAACAUCUGGAACAAGAUGAAGGAGAUGGUCUCCUACACUCCUGUGAUUCUGGAUCCAAACUCUGCUCAUCCAAACUUCAUCCUGUCUGAAGAUCUGACCAGUGUGGGAUGUGGAGAGAGACAGAAGCUUCCUGAAAACCCAGAGAGGUUUAAUUACUAUCCCAUUGUCCUGGGCUCAGAGGCCUUUAACUCAGGGACUCACAGCUGGGACGUUGAGGUUGGAGACAGCAGAGACUGGAAAGUUGGAGUGUUAGCAGAGUCUGUCCAAAGAAAGGGAGAACCGCAGUGUGGAUUAUGGAGGAUUGGGUUCUAUAAAGGUGAAUACUCAGUACGUUUCCUAUCAGAUUCAUCUACCACUGUCUUUUUGGAGAAGAAACUGAAGACGAUCAGGGUUCAGUUGGACUUUGAUGGAGGAAAAGUGUCAUUCUCCGAUCCUGAGACUAACACACACAUACACACCUUCACACACACUUUCACUGAGAGACUGUUUCCAUACAUCAGCAAUCUGAAUAAGCACCCACUGAAGAUAUUACCUGUGACUCUGUAGCAGAGCAGGUAAACAUCGUUAUUUACAAGAUGAUGAUGAUGUGAUGAGAACACAAAGUG